AUGCCGAAAGGGAAUUACCGGGUUAAAGGAUAUUCGCGUCGAGGAAAUGCACGCGGCAAUAAGAAACAAGGAGUCGAGUUUGGGAAGAAGUCAAGAAAAGAAAGGGAAGCCUUUGAACAAUUCGGAAGUCUGAAACCGCAUGACGAUAAUUUAGAUAGUUCGGAGGAAGAGGAAACCUCCAAAAAUUCGUAUUAUAAAGUUACCGAGUCGCAAUUGGACGAAGAAAGAGAAUAUCAAACUGAGGAGGAGGACGUUGAUGACGAUAAAAUUAUUUUUGAUGAUGAACCGGGAGAAGAAAUGGAUAUGAGAAAGAGAUCAUAUAACAAGCUUAUAGAAUUAUUACAGAGGGAUUCAAGAAAUCAGGAAUUUCUCAAACGACGAAAGUUCGAGGAAGAAGGGAUGGAGUACAUGAUGGCAACAAAAGCCGACGAAAGUUCCCUUGAAGACAUGCAAAGAGACGCGGGUGAUUUAAAGUCGGAAGAGAAUAAUUUUCAAAUACAAGAGGAGAAAGAUUCGGAUGAUGAAUUGCCAAACGAUCAAGAUGUGGAGGAGGAUGAUCAAGAUGACGCUGAUGAGUUCGAAAUCCAUUUUGGAGACAAUGGUCAACAAGGUGGCAUUGGUGAGAAAGUGACGGAUGUGGACGAAAAGAAAUGGAAAAUUCUCAGGUCAGAGGAUCCAAUACUGAAAUUAGUGACGAAAUACUCUUUGCUCGACGAAUCCGUGGAGACGGGCGAAAAUAAUGAGAAUAUUAAGGGAAAAUUGCUCGAGUCUUGGAAAGAAUUACAUGCGUGUGAUGUUAACGACGCCAUUUUUAGAGAAGAAUUACGCGAUCAAGGUUUCACGCGACCUAAGGUGUUAAUCUUAUUGCCUUUUCGGAAUUCUGCUCUGGAUUUGGUUGAAACAUUGAUAAAAUUAUCUGGGGCCGAACAACAGGAAAAUCGUAGACGAUUCUUCGAUUCGUAUGGCAUCUCGCCCGACCAGGAAAAGAUCGACCCAAACAAACCAGCUGAUUUUCUGGCGACAUUUAGGGGAAAUAUUGAUGACAUGUUUAGGAUCGGCAUAAAAUUCACUCGAAAGUCGAUGAAGUUAUAUGCCAAGUUUUACAACGCGGAUAUUAUCAUUGCUUCACCGUUAGGAUUAAGAAUGAUAAUUGGAAACGAAGGAGACAAAAAACGCGAUUUCGAUUUUCUUUCUUCGAUCGAAUUGCUUAUAAUAGACCAAGCCGAUACUUUUCUCAUGCAAAACUGGGAUCAUCUCGAGCAUAUCUUUAAUCACCUGAAUUUGAUUCCGAAAAGUUCGCAUGAUUGUGACUUUUCCCGUGUUAAAAGUUGGUACCUUGAUGAAAGGGCGAAAUAUUUCCGUCAAACCAUAAUUAUUUCGGAUUACCUUACACCGGAAAUUAAUACCCUCUUUAACAAGCAAAUGAUGAAUAUUGCUGGAAAAUUAAAAAUAAAAAAGGAGUAUGAAGGUUCAAUCGUAAAUGUGAUACCGGAGGUCAAACAGAUUUUUAUACGAAUCGAGUGUCCGUCAUUGUCCGAAUCGGAUGACGUUCGGUUCAAAUAUUUCACCGAAAAGUCUUUCAUUGACCACCUAGAUCCUAUCGUUACUGAAGAACUCCGAUCCGAAAAUGGCACAUACCAUGAUAUUCAUUCCAUCAUAUUUUGA